AUGAAGAAAAUUUUAAGUAUUUCUUUUUAUUUGUUUUUUUUAAAUUUAUAUAUAUGUGAAAACAAUGAAAAUUUAAUAGAUAAAGGUGAAAACAUUAAAAAUAAAGAUUCACAAAAACCUAAUUUAAGAAAUGGAAAUUUAGAUAAUUAUCUUUUUUUAAAACAGAAUCUUUCUGAUUCAGUAGAAGGAUAUGAAUAUUUGCAAAAUAAUGGAAAUUUUUAUAAUUCCGAGAAAAAUUACGCAAUUCAAGGUCAAACUGAAAAUUUGGGGCUGGAAAGUAAAAGUGAAUUAGAUGCAAAAACUGAAAUUACUCGAAAUCAACAAGGAACUAAUGUACCUGGAGGAGGUGAUUUAAAAAAAGUUGAUUUAAAAGAAAGUCCUCCUACACAAUUAAGUGAUGGAUUACAAAAAGCACUGGAAGGUGAUCAGGAAAGUGGCAAACAAAUAAGUUCUCCAUCAGAAUUACAGGUAAAGACAGAUCCUUCACCAAUAUCACCCAAUAAAGAUCAUACGGAAAAUGGAGAAUUAACAGUUAAAGCAGAAGGAGAUUCAUCAGUACAGUCUGAUACAGUAGGUAGCGUCCAACCUAGUUCAGUUGAAAAUAGCGGCGCAGGUUCUGGUAGUACUGUCGGUGGUAAUCAUGGCAGUGGAAUUCAAGCUGAUAGUCAUACAACUAAUGGAAUUUUAAGAGAAAACGCGGUUGAUACUCAACAGCAAAAUCGUGCAUUAGAAGAACAACAAUUAAAAGAAAAAUUAUUGAAAGAUGAAGAAAAGGAGCAACUACAAACUGGUUUAGAACAACAAAGCCCUAGUCAAGCACAGAGUGUAACAACAGGACAAGAUAAGGCUAAUCCACAAGGUACAGAGAACGUGAGCUUAGUGACUGCAUCAUCUGAUAUAUCAGAUCCAAAAGCUCCUUUAGACAAAGGAAGUGAACCAAAGGCAGAAGAAACACAAAAGGGAUCAACAACUGGUAAGUUAGAAUUAAUAGAAUCACCUCAACAUGAUGAAGAUGAUGAUAAUGAAGAAGAAGAAGAAGAAGUAGAAGAAGUUGUAAAACCACCUGCAGAAAAAAAAGUAAAUGUAUUAGAAUCAAUAGAAGUAGCUGAUGGUGAACUUGGAGAUUUAAGUGAAGAUGAAGAAGAAGAGGAAGAAGAACAUGAAGUAGAAGAAGAAGAAGAAGAAGAAGAAGAAGAUGAAGAGAGUGAAGAACCGAGAGAUGAAGGAGAAGAGGAAUUAGAUGAAGAAUUAGAUUAUGGCGAUAUAGAAGAAGAUGAAGAUGAGGACGAUGAAGAAGGUGAUAUUGAAGAAGAUGAAGAUAGUGUGGGUGAUAAAGAAACAGUAGAUAGGAAAAUGGAAGAUGGAGAUUUACUGGAAGACGAUAGACAACCACCAAAUGACAUCUCGCCAGAACAAGAAAUUCCAGAUACUAUAAGUGAGGAACGAAGAAAACAAGAAGAGUCAAGUAGAACAGAACAAGGUCAGUCACACGAAAAUCCUGAACAAAAACAAAAGGAAAUUAUUCCUCCAUCAAAUGAUAGUAGUGCUCAUAAAUCAUUAAUUAAAAACUUUCAAGAAGAUAAUAAGGUUAAAAAAGAAGCAGAAACUAAAGUAAAAAAUAUGAUAAAUUUAAUUGGUGAUAGUGGGGUUGUUGAUACAUUGAAAGAUUUGGCCAAAGAUAUGGCUCAAAUUUUUCUUAAUCUUUAA